UACUUAUGGAGAAAAUGAACCCAUUGAUAUAGAAGAUAUAAAUAAUCUAAAAAAUACAAAUAAUAUUGACAUAGAAAUAGAAAAUAUAAAUGAGACAAUUAAUUUAGAUAAUGAAGAUGCAGAUGAUACAAAUAAUAUAGAAACUAUGGAAGGUGUAGAAAUUGAAGCUACUAAUAUUGCUACAAAUAAUAAUAGACUUAUUAGAAGAUCACCUGUAUGGGAUUAUUUCGAUGAAGAAAAUGAACAGUGUUUAAAGGCUACAUUUGAUCUUAUAAUUAGUGCUCAACUUCCAUUUUCAUUUGUUGAAAAUCCUUGGUUUCGCAAUGCAGUAAAUAUAUAUGAUUCAAGAUAUCAGUUGCCUUCAAGUAAAUAUAUAAAAAAAAUGACAUUAUCUCAAUUUGAAUUAUGUCGUACACUUGUUGCAGAAGAACUUAAAGCUCUUACU